UGGUCAGACACCGUCACGUGACACGGUGUUUGCGUUUCCUGCAGGGAUGAGUGUAAACACGGCACAUUGCACGCCUAUCAGAUUGAAUGUAGUGAUAUAAACAGCGUGUUUUGACGAUGGUGAAGUGCACGGUCCAGGGUUGCAUAAACUUUAGCGAUCUCAGACCGGAAGAGCAGCCGAAUCGACCGCGCAAGAGAUUCUUCAGGUUCCCAAAAGACAAGGCCCGAGUGAAAGUGUGGCUGGCGGCUUUACGGGACACUGAGCGCGAAAUCACAGAUCUUCAUCGGAUAUGCGAAGACCAUUUCCUCAGCCAUCACAUCACAGCCGACGGCAUCAGCCCGGACGCGAUCCCGAUCAUGCCCCCGCUGGAUGGUCCGGUCGGCAACUGGAGCUCGUUUGAGGAGGAGCAGGACGAGCACACGGGGACACUCGAGGAGAGUGGAGCUGCUGCAGAUGAUGAUCUUGAGGAUGAAGACUUUGAGGAUGACGAAGAAUAUGAGGAUGAAGGCUACAUUCCUGCAGAUAACAAUUCAAAUAGCACAAUUAGUAAACCCCAAGAACAGAGCGUCACUCAAAGUUUCAGACCUAUCUUUAGCAGUCCCACCAUUCUCCCACCUGUGAAUGUAGCUGAUGACGUAUUCAACAGUAAAGCCCCGCAUCGAUCUGAAGUUGCUCUUGGACAACUGACUAAACGCUUCAUGCAGCUCCUUAACGCAGCGCCGGAAGGAGUUCUCGAUCUCAAUGAGGUGUCGCGAAAACUAGGCGCACGAAAGAGGCGGGUGUAUGACAUCACCAGCGUGCUUGCAGGGAUCCAUCUACUCAAGAAGACUUCGAAAAACAAGAUCCAGUGGAUGAGUUCAACACCUCUCAGCUCUUUUGGGAGCCAGUGGAGCCCCAAGGCAAAAGCUGAGCUCCUUCAUCUGAAGUCAACAGAGGAAGCCCUCGACUGGCUCAUCAAGGACUGCGCCCAACAGCUCUUUGCCCUGACCGACCUCAAAGACAAUGCUGACUCAGCUUAUGUGACAUAUGAGGACAUCUGUCAGAUCGAUGUUUUUAAGGACCAGACCAUAAUAGCCAUUAGGGCCCCUGAGGAGACCAAACUAGAGGUGCCAACUCCCACUGAAGAAUCAAUCAAGAUCCACUUGAAGGGCUCCCGUGGCCCCAUCCAUACACUUACCUGUGAGACUGAGGGCCCGGGUGAUGCUGAGGACUCAUCUAACACAGAAUCAAAGCUCACCAAAUCAGACUGCUUCGUAUCACUAGAAGAGAGCCGCAUACAAACACAACCACUUGUACCAGAUGUUUCAAAUACUGUAGCAGCUGUACAGAGCGCUUGAGGACCACAAAGAUGAGCCUUGCUUCUUUAAGACAAACUACCCCAUUAUGACUGAUUUUGUAGGCCUCUUUGGAGAGACCACUGUCCAUAUCCAUUCUCAAAAAGACAUCUAUUGUGAAAAAUUUUGGUUUGUAAAUAUAAUAUUAGUAUUUUUUCUAUUAGCUUUAUGACAAAACUUGAAAAAACAUUUCUUUUGUUUUUGAAAAAUGAUAAAUUGUUUCAUGAAGCAUCUGAUAAUGUUGUAAAAUAAUAAAAUCUAUUAUGGUCAAAGAUA